ACAAAAGAGUACAUAACAUUCUUAAGCAUAAUUUAAAUAAAUACUACCUCCGUCCCAGAGUAUUUGUCCACUUUCAUUUUUGCACACCAUCCAAUACACUUCUUUAAUCCAUUUUAUCUUGUAAUUUGUAUAUUAAAAAAUUAUAGAAAUUAUAUAUUAAUAAUCUAUAUGUUAAGACAAAUCAAACAAGAUCACACAUGACUAUAUUUAGGCUUACACAUUGAAAAAAUUUGAUGAGUCAAACAUGGUCCAAAAAAAUUCAAUUACAUGGUGGAACUUGGAAGGACCAGAAAACGAGCACCUGUCCCAACAGAUCUGAGUAGGUGACCAGCGCCUACUUCACCACAGUUCCUCAGUGGAGCUCCCUCUUCGCCGCCUCCGCCGUAUCUCUCCACUUCCGAGAAGCCACCAAUACCCCGCCCUCACCCGAUCCAUAUCUUCCUCCUCCUCCCCAAACGGCAAACCCGACCGACCGUCUGGUGUGCUUUGCUCCUUCCACUGCUCAACGCCUCGCCACUGCCGGAAAAGGUCUCCAGUCUGAACUUAGCUCCAUUGAAGAUUGUUAAUGCUGCACCGUUUCAAAGUAAAAAAAUGGCUCCAAAUCCCAGAGUUUACAAAGCCUUUCGAGCAAUGAAGGAUCUUGGAAUAUCGGAAGUAAAGGUGAAACCAGUUUUGAAACACCUUUUAAAAAUAUAUGAUAAAAACUGGGAGCUCAUUGAAGAAGAGAAUUACAGAGCCCUCGCAGAUGCCAUUUUCGAGAGGGAGGAAGCGGAGGCUGUGCAACCCAAGAAGCCAGAGAACAUUGAAGUACCUGUGGGAGCUUUGGACGAAGAAGCAACACUUGAAGAGCCUGAACGACCACUUAAACGACUGCGUUUAAAAUAUCAGGACAGUCAACCUUCCCCUUCACAACACAACUCGACUCACACUUCCUUGAUAAAACCCAAAGUUGAGGUUGAAGAUCUGCCCAAUGAUCAUCAACAGAGUAGCUCUCAUCUUGGCAGGAUGGACAUGCCUCAACUCAGUAAUCGAGGCAUGUCAGUCUCUUCCCAGCCAAUUCAAGCCAUAAACAAACGAAAGCAACCUUCCAUAGAUAAUCCCAACAAACUUCUAGCACUUCAAUCUGCACCUCAGAUUACUUCUGGUGCUCUUGCUUUGAUCAAGCCCAAGGAUGAGCCGUUUACUGAUGAUAUGCCACACUACGAGGCCCCCAUUGCAAUUCUCCCCCCGGAACCGGUGACUGAAGUUGCUGCCAUUGCAUCAAAUGGAAACCUUCUAACCGCGGGUCAAGUUGCUCAAGAAGCCUUAGCAUCAGAAACCAAUAUGGGAAAAGAUGCUAGGAAUGAUGUUGCAUUGAAUCAACAACUGUCAAGGAUUGAAGAAGAGAGCCAAUCAUCUAAUCUAGAGAUUGCUUCUUCUCGGUAUGGAGAAGUUAAGAUCUCUAUUAAUUGUUCUUCUGCACAUGGAGGACCUGACUUUCAUCUGCCUAGCCUUGAAGAGGUGCUUAAAUUGAUGGAAGAUAAAUGUCUGAGAGCUUACAAAAUUAUAGAUCCGGGCUUUUCUGUGACAAAGCUAAUGAAAGAUAUGUGUGAGUGCGUCUUGGAACUGGGGACCAAGUCCUACCAUGAAAGGCCGGAAACAACUAAUGUGAUGUCAGCAGCUAUUAAUCAGUUGGAAGCAACGCUUAUGGAAGAUGAUGUUUUUGAUUCCACAUGCAGGCUUCCUGACUCUACAAAUGAACUCUUGAACUUUGAAACUGAUACAGUUUUGGAUCCACCACAAAUUCCAAACCUUGCCCCACCUAGCAAUGGUGUUCGUGACAAUACACUACCCGAUGAAAGUUUGUCUGAAAAAAACUGUGCUGAAAAUGGUAUUGAACAGACAGAUCUUCAGAAUAUGGUUGGGGUUGAGUCAUUGAAUGCAUCUUCUAAUGAAAGAAUUUCGUUUCCCCACGAGGUUAUUGAUAUUACUAAUGGCCAAGAGAAGAUGAUGAUUUCAAUAGUGAACGAAGUUGAUAGUGAGUGUCCCCCAUUGUUCCACUAUAUACCUCAGAAUGCAGUAUUUCAGAAUGCGCGUGUGAAUAUCUCUUUGGCACUUAUUGGCGAUAGUCACUGUUGUUUAACUUGCUCUGGUGAUUGUCUGUCACUGUCUGUGCCUUGUGCUUGUGCUCAACAAAAAAAUGGUGGUUUUGCUUACACCAAACAUGGCCUUGUCAAAGAAGAGCUUUUGAAUGAGAGUGUUUCUAUGAGCCAGGACCCUGGAAAACAUAGCCAGCUCUUUUGCAAGCAGUGUCCUGUGGAAAGAUCUAAAAGUGACGAUAUUUUAGAGGCUUGCAAAGGUCAUUUGGCCAGGACGUUCAUUAAAGAGUGCUGGUGGAAGUGUGGGUGCAACAAGCAGUGUGGCAAUCGCGUGGUCCAACGUGGGAUAGUUCGAAAGUUACAGGUUUUUAUGACAUCUGAAGGAAAAGGAUGGGGACUACGUACUCUUGAAGACCUACCAAGAGGUGCAUUUGUUUGCGAGUAUGUUGGAGAAGUUCUCACGAAUGCUGAAUUCUUUGAUCGUAUUUCAAGAAGCCCUAGUGGCGAGAAGCAUUCUCAUCCUGUGCUGCUUGAUGCUGGUUGGGGUUCUGGAGACAUUAAGGGCAAUGAAGCCCUUUGCUUAGAUGCUACACAUUAUGGCAAUAUUGCAAGGUUUAUUAAUCACAGAUGCUUUGAUUCGAAUUUAGUCAAUAUUCCUGUUGAGAUAGAGAGUCCGGAUCGGCACUAUUAUCACCUUGCUUUCUUCACCACAAGGGAUGUUAAAGCAAUGGAAGAGCUGACCUGGGAUUAUGGGAUUGAUUUCGAUGACCUCGAUCAUCCUGUGAAAGCAUUCCAAUGCCAGUGCGGAAGCCAAUUCUGCCGGAAUAUAAAGCGACUAAGUAGGUCCAGAGGAAGGAGAUGAAAUAUCAUUUUUGGGAAAGAAAUGCACUUUGUGAUGCUGCAGAAUCCAAAUUUUAUUUCCCAUCCCUUUGUUUUCACUUUUUGACAGUCUUUUGUGCCUGUGCAGUGUACAUUAUAUGCACCAAGUAUUUAAGAAAGGGCAUAGCCUAGA